AUGGUUAUCUUAGGAAAGGGGGACCAUGUGUGGCUGGAACCCGAGACAAAGGGAGAGUUCACCGUGGCAAUUGGGGCCAGGGUUAAGUUCCAUGAUUCUGGACGUGUACAUGUUGUUGACGAUGAUGGAAAUGAACACUGGCUGGAUGGCAAACAGAAAAUUCGACACAUGCAUUCACACUCUGUGGAGGGGGUAGAGGACAUGAUUGGACUGGGUGACCUCAAUGAAGCUGGAAUUCUCCGUAACCUUUUUAUACGCUAUAUGGACAAUCUCAUCUACACUUACACUGGGUCAAUCAUGGUGGCGGUAAACCCAUACCAGAUACUACCCAUCUACACAGCUGAACAGAUCCAGUUAUAUCGGGACAAAAAGAUUGGAGAGCGACCUCCACAUAUAUUUGCCAUAGCCGACAACUCUUACUUCAAUAUGAGGCGUUACCAAAGAGACCAGUGUGUCAUUAUCAGUGGGGAGUCUGGUGCAGGUAAAACGGAGAGUACGAAGCUCAUCCUACAGUUUCUGGCUGCUGUCAGUGGUCAGCACUCGUGGAUAGAACAGCAAAUCCUUGAGGCUAAUCCAAUUAUGGAGGCCUUUGGAAAUGCAAAAACCAUACGAAAUGACAACUCCAGUAGAUUUGGUAAAUACAUUGAUAUUCAUUUCAAUGACAAAGGUUCCAUUGAGGGUGCUAAGAUAGAACAAUAUCUACUAGAAAAGUCUCGUAUUGUCACGCAGGCACAUGAUGAACGCAACUACCACAUAUUCUACUGUAUGUUGGCUGGUAUGACACAGGAGGAGAAGCACCAACUGGAAGUUACCAAUGCUAAUGACUAUUGGUACCUUACGCAGGGGGGUAGCAUUUUCUGUGAUGGAAGGGACGACAUUAAGGAGUUUGCUGAUAUCCGUUCAGCCAUGAAAGUGCUCAUGUUCCAGGACAAGGAAGUCUGGGAGAUCCUCAAAGUGCUGGCUUCUUUGCUACACCUGGGAAAUAUCAAAUAUAAUGCAAUUGAGAUGGACAAUAUGGAUGCCAGUGAAAUCCAGGACAUACAGUCGGUAAACAAAGCUGCCAGACUGAUGGAGGUGCGGGCCCAGGACUUGAUAGAUGCUUUGACCACACGGUCGAUUGUGACACAGGGUGAAAUUGUUACAACAAUGAUGAGUGUUGAGAAUUCUCAGGAUGUGCGCGACGCCUUUGUAAAAGGAAUAUAUGGCCGCAUGUUUAUCUGGAUAGUGCAAAAAAUUAACAUUGCAAUUUUUAAACCAAAGACUUCACCAAAUCAUUUCCGGACCUCUAUAGGCGUGUUGGAUAUAUUUGGAUUUGAAAGUUUUGAUCAUAACAGUUUUGAACAGCUGUGUAUUAACUAUGCCAAUGAAAACUUACAACAAUUCUUUGUGCGACACAUCUUCAAAUUAGAACAGGAAGAAUAUGACAAUGAAGGCAUCAAUUGGCAACAUAUUGAGUUUGUGGACAACCAAGAAGCCUUGGAUAUGAUUGGUGCAAAAGCAAUGAACAUUAUCUCAUUGGUUGAUGAAGAAAGCAAAUUCCCCAAGGGAACAGACCAGACAAUGUUGGCCAAGCUCCAUCAACAACACAAAGACAACAAAAACUAUCUGCGACCAAAGGCUGAAAUCUCCCAUGUGUUCGGUCUCAACCAUUUUGCUGGUGUUGUCUUCUAUGAUGCUAAAGGAUUUUUGGAGAAGAAUCGUGACACUUUCAGCCCAGAUCUACUACAGCUGAUACAGACCUCCUCCAAUCCUUUCCUGUCAGGGCUUUUUGUCCAGGAUGUUUCCAUGGGAGCUGAAACAAGGAAGAGAGCACCAACUCUUGGAUCACAGUUUAAGAAGUCACUGGAACUGUUGAUGAAAACACUCGGCGCUUGUCAGCCAUUCUUUGUCAGAUGUAUCAAACCCAACGAACUCAAGAAACCCCUGAUUUUUGACCGUGAGCUGUGUUGUAAACAGCUACGUUACUCCGGAAUGAUGGAGACAAUUCGAAUCCGUAGAGCAGGAUAUCCCAUAAGGCAUCGGUUCGGUGACUUUGUGGAUCGUUAUCGUCUCCUUGCACCAGGAAUUGGGCCAUCCCACAAGGAGAAUUGCAGACAAGCUUCAGAGAAAAUCUGUAGUAUUGUCCUCACUGGCAAGGAUUACCAGAUGGGAAAAACCAAAGUAUUUUUAAAGGAUGCCCAGGACGUGUAUCUAGAACAACAGAGGGAGGUGGCCUUGACAGAGAAGAUUCUUGUCCUACAGAAGACAAUCCGUGCUUGGCACUGCAGACGUAAAUUCCUCAAAAUUAAGACUGGAUCCAUCAUUAUCCAGAAGUUGUGGCGGACAUACUUGGAGAGGAAGCGCUUUGUCCUGAUGAAGCAAGGAUACAUGCGACUACAGGCAGUGGUGAGAUCACGUCUACUGACAGCACAGUUCAAUCGUAAACGUGCUGUCAUCAUCGAUUUACAGCGCCGUUGCCGUGGUUUCUUGGUGAGGAAAUGGACCAUGCAAAGGAUGAUCUCCAUCAUAAAGAUUCAAGCUGUAGUCCGUGCCAUGAUUGCCAGACGCAAAUACAAACGGCAAAAGAUAGAGUACCACAACAAGAUGGAACUGGAAAAUCUACGAAAGGAAGAAGAAGCCAAGCUGAAACGAAAAAUGAAUGACAAAAAAGCAAAAAUGGAGGCAGAGCGUCUGUAUCAGGAACGUUUGCGUGAGAUGGAGAGAAAAGUUGAGGAAGAAGAAAGUAUGGAGAAGCACAUGGCUAUUCAGAAGAAGGAACAAAUUGAAAUCGCUGAAAGGAGGAAGAAUGAGCCUGUCAGCGAUUCAAAACUGGUUGAAGAGAUGUUUGGUUUUAUUGACGGUAACAACGAAGAAGGUGCUGCUCCAUACUCAUUUAAAGACCUGGAGGACAAGCGACGUCGCGUCGCCCAAGAGAACGGUCUGGAGGACUACAGUAGUUUGAUGGAGCCUGAGCUCCCUGAAGAUGAUGAAGACCUCUCCGAGUACAAGUUCUCUAAAUUUGCUAGCAUGUACUUCCAGGCCAAUACCUCACAUACGUUUAUACGCAAGGCACUCAGGGAACCUUUACUGCCAAUGAAAAAUGAUGGUGACAAACUGGCGGCAUUGGCUGUGUGGAUCACCAUACUGAGAUUUAUGGGAGAUUUACCAGAGCCCAAAUACACUGCCAUGGCCACAGACUCAAGGGACACUACACCAGUCAUGACCAAGAUCUACUCCACACUUGGGCGCAAGUUCAAUAAAAAGGAUUUGGAGGAGGCACAAAGGAUGGGGCUGGAUAUCGAGAAGGAACCGUAUCCCAUGGGUAGAGCUGGUAAACGAAGCAUGAGGAAAAAGCUUGUGUCCUUGACCUUGAAGAAAAAGUCAAAGAUCACAGAGGAAGUGACACGUAAACUGAUGCAGGACUUUGAUGGUAGUUAUGGUAGCAAUGCCCUCCUGGAAGAACGUCCCACAUCAAACUUGGAAAAACUUCAUCUCAUUAUAGGACACGGAAUUCUCCGACCCGAACUUAGGGACGAAAUCUACUGCCAAAUUUGUAAGCAACUGACUCAGAAUCCGACUAAAAGCAGUCACGCUCGGGGCUGGAUCCUGCUGUCUCUCUGUGUGGGCUGCUUCGCUCCUACAGACAAGUUUUUGAAGUAUCUGCGGAACUUUAUACAUGAGGGACCCCCAGGGUAUGCACCGUACUGCGAAAGUCGUCUGCGGCGUACUUUUGCAAAUGGAACACGUAACCAGCCUCCUAGCUGGCUGGAGCUACAAGCCACGAAGUCUAAGAAGCCUCUCAUGCUUCCCAUUACAUUCAUGGACGGUAACACUAAGACUCUCCUGGCUGAUUCUGCCACUACAGCUAAGGAACUCUGUAUGCAACUGUCAGAAAAGAUUGCCCUCAAAGACCAGUUUGGGUUCUCCCUUUAUAUUGCAUUGUUUGACAAGGUGUCCUCUCUCGGGAGUGGUGGUGACCAUGUGAUGGACGCCAUCUCCCAAUGUGAACAAUAUGCCAAAGAGCAAGGUGCCCAGGAGAGGAAUGCUCCGUGGCGACUGUUCUUCCGUAAAGAGAUUUUUGCUCCUUGGCACAAUCCAGGAGAAGACGGGACAGCCAGCAACCUGAUCUUUCAACAAGUUGUUCGUGGUAUUAAGUUUGGAGAAUACCGCUGUGAUAAGGACGAUGACCUUGCCAUGAUAGCAGCUCAGCAGUACUACAUAGAAUAUGGUUGUAACGUCAACCCAGAUCGGCUACAGUCUCUUCUACCAUCUUAUGUACCAGACCAGGCAAUCCAGAAACCAAAUGCUAUGAGCUUUUGGAUAAACAUGAUAAUGACAAAGUUAAGGAUACAAUACUUUGAAAGAAUCAAACCUAUCAAAGUGAAAGAGGACAUAGUCAGUUAUGCAAAGUACAAGUGGCCACUUCUAUUUUCACGCUUUUACGAGGCCUAUAAGUUCGCAGGUCCGAGCUUACCUAAGAAUGAUGUGAUCAUUGCCGUGAACUGGACAGGUGUUUACAUUGUGGAUGACCAGGAACAAGUGUUGUUGGAACUAUCCUUCCCAGAAAUCACAGCUGUUUCCAGCAGCAGGACGGGUAAGAUGCAUGGACAGAGUUUUACUCUGGCUACAGUGAAGGGGGAUGAGUAUACAUUCACUUCACCAAACGCUGAAGACAUCCGCGACCUUGUUGUGACCUUCCUUGAGGGGCUCAAGAAACGUUCCAAAUAUGUGAUUGCACUGCAAGAUUAUGUGUCACCAGGUGAUGGACCAUCCUUCCUGGACUUCUCAAAGGGUGACCUGAUCGUGCUGGACCAGCAGAAUGGGGAGACCGUUAUGAACUCUGGCUGGUGUGUUGGAGAAAAUGUACGCACUGGUGUCAAAGGUGAUUUCCCGGCAGAGUGUGUCUAUGUACUACCAACAAUCAACAAACCGCCGCCAGAAAUAUUGAAUCUGUUCCUUCAAUCUGGGGAGCAAGCAGACAAGAUGCUAGCACCAUCUCAGAUGGAGACCAUGCCAGAUCAAGGAAAUGAUGUACCCUACACACUAGAACACUACUCCUUUGAUCAUUUCAGACCUCCUCCCAAACGUACCCUGUCAAAGACCCUGUCAACAGCACGCAAAAGACGCACUGACGACCUGUGGAGACAUUCCAAAGAACCACUCAAACAACCACUGCUUAAGAAACUGCUGGGCAAGGAAGACAUAAACCACCCAUCAAAACGAGGACGUACUGCUAAUGAACUGACAGAUCAAAUCUAUGAACCUCCUCUACGAAAUGAACUUCUCCGGGAUGAAGUGUAUUGCCAAAUGAUAAAACAGCUCACUCACAACAGAAAUGAUACAAGUGACAGAAGAGGCUGGGAACUCAUGUGGUUAGCCACAGGAUGUUUUGUCCCCAGUACCAAUCUACUGAAGGAGGUCAUGCAGUUCCUCAGGUCAAGUCGUAGCCACAUCGCAACGGAUUGUAUCAGCAGAGUACAAAAGACACUAAGGAAUGGAACUAGGAAAUACGCCCCACAUCAGGUAGAGGUAGAGGCCAUACAGCACAAGACCACACAAAUCCUACACAAAGUCUACUUCCCUGACGACUCGGAUGAGGCCUUUGAAGUGGAAUCUAGCACCAGAGCAAAGGAUUUCUGUCAAAACAUUGCCAGCAAAUUAAGACUGAAAUCAUCUGAAGGCUUCAGCUUAUUUGUGAAAAUUGUUGACAAAGUGAUAAGUGUGCCAGAAGGAGACUUUUUCUUUGACUUUGUGCGACAUUUGACUGAUUGGAUUAGGAAAGCAAGACCCAGCCGAGACAACACAGUGCCCCAGUUCACGUACCAGGUGUUCUUCAUGAAGAAGUUGUGGAGUAACACAAUGCCAGGUCGAGAUAUCCAGGCUGAUCGGAUAUUCCAUUAUCACCAGGAGCUACCUAAGCUGCUACGAGGCUAUCACAAGUGUAGUAAAGAUGAGGCAGCUCAAAUGGCAGCCCUCAUAUACAGGGUCAAGAUGGGAGACAACAAGAGUGCUCUGACAAACAUCCCACGUAUGCUGCGAGAGUUGAUACCAUCAGAUUUAUUACGUGUUCAAUCACCUGAGGACUGGAAGAGGGCUAUAGUGAACUACUACAAUCGUGAUUCACAGAAAGGUAUCGAUGACCCCAAAGUAGAAUUCCUUAAAAUUAUUUACAAAUGGCCUACAUUUGGAUCAGCGUUCUUUGAAGUGAAGCAAGCCACAGAGCCAACAUAUCCUGAUACACUGCUAAUAGCGAUCAACAAGAAUGGAGUCAACCUUAUCAACCAGCAAACCAAGGAUAUUCUGGCGACACACCCAUUUACUAAGAUAUCCAACUGGAGCAGUGGAAAUACCUACUUCCAUAUGACCAUCGGAAACCUGGUUCGCGGGAGCAAGCUCCUAUGUGAAACAUCGCUGGGAUACAAGAUGGAUGACCUUUUGACCUCAUACAUCAGCUUGAUGUUGACAAGUAUGAACCGGCAAAGACCUUCACGACACUAA